AUGGAAACCUACCAUGGCCAUGUGCGUACCCCUGCGGACGCUAUUAUCCUCUUCGAAGCAUGCCGACUAGGUUUAUUGCCUCGAGUUCAGCGGAGAUUAUCGGAAAAGGAACGUCAGUCAAUAAAGUCCGGCUCAGUGUUUGUCUGGGAUGAACGAGAAGCGGGCAUGAGAAGAUGGACGGACGGGAAAUCAUGGAGUGCAAGCAGAGUGUCUGGAAGCUUCUUGACAUACAGAGAAAUGGAAGGCAAGAGAGGGGGAAGUGGGUUCCCCGCCCCUGUCGCUGCAGCAAGGGCUGGCAGAACACCAGACAGUACCCGAGGAAGCGACUCAGACUUGGACAUGGCAGGCACCGACGAUGGGCCAGACGGAUAUCGUUACAAGCCGGAUGGGUUGAUGAAGCAAUCAUUCAGCAUCACGACCUCGACCGGUGAGCAUCUUCACCUGAUCAGUUACUAUGCGCGCUCGCAUCCUGCUGCUCAGGGCUUGAUGCAGCCGACCAACGACCCGGCCCUGCGGCACAUUCGUCCGCAGAAGGGCAUGUAUCCCGAGUCCACUGUGCACGAGCAGCAGAAUGUGCCCGUAGUCACUCGCGCUCCCAUGGGCGGUACUCCCUUUGCCAUGACUCCGCAUGCUAUUCCCGUCGGUCCUCCAGCUUACGCCCGCCCUCCAUCUGCACAUCAAGGGGCCUACCCGCCUCCAGCCUACGGCUGGCCGCCAAGCCCGAUAUCGACUCCUCCGGCCCACUAUGCUAUUUCACAAUAUCCUCCCGGCGCAUUGCCGCCGCCCUCUGCAGUGGUUGGCCAGCCGCCCGCCGUUCAAUACGCACCCGUGAUGCCACCACCCACGUCGCAACCAGUUGCAUCUGCACCGUAUGACCGCCCCGUUGAGACGAGCCUCCCUCAUCCGCCCCCUCCUCUUCAUCGAAGCCCCGCAGCUAGUGCUGGGCCGGCACCUCUGCCACUAUACGUUCCGAAUCCGUCGCCUCGCGUUGCGCCAGCAGCUCUGGUGACUCCUCCGCAGCCGCCGCCUCUACAAGGCUAUACCUCGAGCCCGAUCAUUCCGAAGAUUGAGUCAAGGCUCACUCCAUCUCUGGCGCAGCCGAUUCAUUCCGGCACUCGAACACCCCCAUCUUCAUCGGCCAUCUCACCUGCCUCCUCAAGGCCGGAGAUCUCUGAGCCAGACGUACCUCCGAUGAGAACGGCUCGAGACGAUGAUACCAGUAGGACGAUACCUAGCAUCGGAACGCUCAUUAGCCAGGCCAAUGAGAGCCCCGCCGCAAUUGCUCGAGCUGCAAGCCGGACAGAAAGCAGAAGUCCACUCGUCUUGCCCCCGCAAUUGGACGGCCCUCAUGAUAUUCCAAGUGAAAAACUCGGCUUCGGCGAAGACAUGAGGGCUUUACGAGUGCUAGACCGUGCUUUUUCUGCUUAG